UCGAAUCCAUAAUUUUUAUAAACAAACAUUCUGCUUCACCGUAAUGAUUAUACGACAGACAUGAAGCAGUUGCCUGCCUGUAUACCACCGGCAUGUUACUACAGCCAAAUAUAAUCUCAUAAAGAUCGCUUCUAGCGAACGAUUUAAGCUGUGCUUAAUUAGAAAUGCCUAUCUCAUCGAAGCAUGUGUUAUUUUUUAAGGUUCUAGUGUUCGUAGUACAAGUUUCAUAUGGACAAUUGCGUAGGGUAAAACACGACGAACCUGCCGCUCCCGAGCAACACUCAGCUCGGCAUUCCGGUAUGUGGAACGGUAGCCGUGUCGGGUUGCGAAGGGCUUGCGAUGCCGAACUGGAAUAUCGGUUGACCAGGCUGGAGGUUCAAGUGGCCGAGAAAACUGACCGGCUAGUCAACGAACUCAAGGACGGCAAUCACAAACUGCAGGCUAUCGAGUUGCAAGAAGAGGAGAUACGGAACGCGAUCGAGGGUCUUCGGAGCGAGAUGAAUAACGCAGGUGGACAGGUUUGGCAAGACGAACAAAGAGACGCCCCAAGCGACAAACUAGCCGCCCGCAUUGCCAACCUGGAGAUUAGCAUAAAAGUGGUGCUAGCUGCACUUAGAAGCCUGACCGGUGAUGUAGCUGGUAUUCGCAGAAAUAUAUCGGCUAUACUGGCAGCCACAGGGGCACUUCAUGACGAAAUGACUGACUUACCAACCAAACGGUUUAUUUCUCAAGCGCUACUAGACAUUAGGCACGGCACGUAUUACCCACCUGUGAGUCAUCAGAUGACUGCUUCGCAACAAGAGUCAUGUCAACCAGUUAAUCCAACGGACUGUAUGGAUAUCAGGAACAAAGGAACGUCAUCGUCUGGAAUCUACACAAUCCAGCCAGGAUAUUCCUCAAAACCAUUUAUGGUGUUUUGCGAUAUGGAAAUGAACGACGGAGGUUGGACAGUCAUUCAAAGCAGAUUUAAUGGUUCUCAGGACUUCUUUCUAGGCUGGGCUGAUUACAAAACAGGUUUUGGCAACAUUGGAAAGGAGUUCUGGUUGGGGUUAGAUCAUAUCUACGAACUUACGGGUCACCUUGUCAAUGAACUGCUCAUAGAAUUGGAAGACUUUGAAGGUGAAAAACGGUACGCUCAAUAUUCCGCAUUCAGUAUCGGACCUGAAAAUGAAGGCUUUCCUCUGAAAGUCUUGGGACAAUAUCGUGGUAAUGCCGGGGAUUCCCUCGAGUAUCAUGCUGGUCAAAGAUUCAGCACCAAAGACAUGGAUCACGAUGUUUGGCCGGAAGGCAGUUGUGCUAGGGCACAUGGUGGUGCUUGGUGGUACAAGAGUUGUGACUCGAGCAACCUAAAUGGGCUGUACUUCACCGGAGAAGUCCCGGACAACUUUAUCUAUAAGGGCAUGUAUUGGGGCACAUUUAGAGGACCUGAGUACAGCUUGAAAAAAUCUAGAGUGUUGAUCAGACCGCGCAAAGAUGCACGAUCUUCCGCUACUAGAGAAAGAGGGACGUAGAUAUCCAUUCUAUGAAUUAAUCAGGAAAAUUAUGUGUUCAAUUUCAUAUUUAUGUAAAAUGUUUUGAUUAAUAAAUAUAGAAUCUGUGUAA